CUCGAUCUCUUGACACUUUAUUUAUAAUACGACUGGAGUGCAGUGUCAGUGUAUAUUGAAUUAUGUGUUUGUUAUUAUAAAAAAUGUGAACCGGGUGAUCGGUCAACGUUUGUAAUGUGCCGUAUAAUAUGCAGUGGGGCGGCCUCUACUUCGUGUGUUUAGCUUUAUGCUGUCUUCAUACUGCAUCAGAACCACAACGUUUAUCGGAAGAAUAUACCACAAACGGCGUCCGAAAGCAUCGGAGCGAUGAUAAGGACGGACUGGCUCUGUCCAGAGAAAUAUUCAAGAACAUUACCCAGAAACUCAGAGAAAACAUCCAGAAGGAAGGGGCAACUGACGCGAACAAUAAAAUAUUACAGCAUAAAGUCGAGGAUCCUCAAAGGAGUCACUAUGCGCCGUAUCAAGAGUACCAUCACUAUGAGCGCCAUUGGGGACCUUAUUUCGAGGAGAAGAAUAUUACACAAGUGACAGCACAUGUAGGGGCCGAAGCGGUGCUGAACUGUCGUGUUGUUAUGUUGAAAGAUAAAACUGUCAUGUGGCUUAGAAACACGACGGACACCGCUCAACUUCUAACGGUCGGCCCCGCACCUUAUGCGGGUGAUAAUCGAGUGGCUGUAAAGUUUCAGUAUCCCAACAAUUGGCGGCUUAGCAUCAACCCAGUAAAGUGGUCUGAUGCAGGUUUAUAUAUGUGCCAAAUAUCAACACAUCCACCGAGAACAAUAUAUGCAAAUUUCUCAGUACUUCCUCCAGUAUUGACUAUAAAUGGAGAUAAAACACAUGACGUAAAAGAUAGGUUCUAUAAAGCUGGAAGUUCCAUAAAGCUUUCCUGUGUAAUAUCCGAGGAAUAUGUCUCAUCGUUACCCACUAAACCAACAAUUACUACUAAAACGUCCCCAACGACCACUACGCCUUUGACUACUACGACAGAAUUGACUACGAAAAUGAGUACAACAUUCAAUAGAAUAGAUUUAAUGUUGAAUAAAAGUUGGAGUGUUGAAACAACAACAAUUACAUCAACUGUUAGUAUAAGUACUACAGCCAAGAGUACUGAAUGGAGUACACACCUAACUACGGUUGAACCGGUAACAAGAACAGUGGUAAACAACGUUUACGGUAUUACUUGGAAAAAGCAAGGAAAAGAUUUUAUCGAGUUCGUUACUUGGCGAAAUAUGAGUUCUACUAUCAGCGUAAAUUCAGCAUCGCAAAACGAUAGCGGCACAUAUACAUGCUCUUUGAUGAACCAUUCUCAGGUUACCGUCAAUGUUCAUGUUUUGAUUGGUGAAAAUCAAGCUGCAGUUCACCAUGACACUUGGAAUAAAAGUUAUUCUAUUCAACAAGCCCAAAAUAAAUGUUUAAUUUUAUUUUUCAUUUUAUGUUACAUAUGUCUGUAGGGAAUAUGUAUAAUAAAUAUAUAUGAGUCAUUAUAGUAUAGCAAGUUUUUAUAAGUUCUGAUCUAAUAAAUAAAAUAAAUUUAACAUUAUAUUAAAAUAUAAUCACAUAUUACGUUUAUUAUUUAAAUAAUAUUUACGGACCAAACAAAUCAGGUGCGUGUUGUUACAGUUUUACCUUAAAAAUACGCUAGCUAUAUUAAUUGGAAAUUUAUUUUAUACUUAUUUGUUAAACUUUAAGAUCAUUUUGUUUGUUACACGGAUUUAAUAUAAAUUAACAUACGUAUAUCGUGUCAUUUUAAAAUUUUAAAAGAUAUAGAAAUUCGACCAAAGAUUUCCAGUAAAUUCUUAAAUUAGCUGAUUUCGGACUAGUUUUAAGAUUAUCUCGAUAACAUAAUUGUAUCACUUGGGAUAUUGUAUAACAUAAUAUGUACAUAAUAGAAAUCGUUGCUUAUCCAGAAUUAUAUAGACAUACAUAUAAAAAAAUAAAUAAACAAGUAUUCCAAAAAUGUAUGAUUAAUAUUUAUAACCUGUAC